AUGAACGUCUCACUCGGUCUCGUCCCCUCGAGGUCAUUCCUCCACCUCGGCCUGCGCGCCGCAUGCCGUUCCGCGCCGAAUACCACAAGCUGUUCGCCCGCGUCACGACUUCUUUCAACAUGCACCAUCACCUACCGAGCGUCCACCGCCGCCAGCCGACCAUACGCACCGGGUCCCUCCCCCCUGCGUCGAACCCAAUGGCCAUCCCCCGGCCUCACCGCCAUGACGGCCGGUAGAUCGAUACAAAAACGGGCCUCCUCCGCAUCAUCACCACCAUCGCAACCGCCCAAAACCGACUACAAGAACGAACCCGUCCUCCGCGACUACGUAGAUCUCCCCCUCGACUACAAGGACAAACUAGGCCUGCGCUUCAGGGAGGAAAACAAGGACCUCUCGGCCGCCGAAGUCAGGUCCGUCUUUGGCGCCUCCCUCAAGCCCGCCGCCGCGAACCGGCUGCUGCGCAUCAUGCACGGCCGCCGCGUCGCCGGCACGCUCGAGGACCCCGCCUUCGCCAUCAACACCGCCGCCUUCACCUCCCAACAGCGCGACGCCGCGCUAGCCUACCUCCGCGAGAAGACGCCCGUAGACGAGGUCCUCAACGCGGGACUCCGGGCCGAGGACGAGCUUGCUGCGCUGGAGAAGGACCUUGCGGAGGAGGAGAGCAGCGCCGACGAAGACACCUCGUCAACCGCAACCGCCGGCUCCAAAACACCGUCCCUCCGAAAGGAACCCGCCCCCGUCGUAAAACCAGACCCCGUAUACGGCUACAGCGCCUUUGACGCAAUCCGCGCAAAAAACCAAGCCAAGGCCGCCGAGGAAGAGGCCCGGCUCAUCGCCGAGGCCGAGGCAAAGGGCAUCGAGUACAACCCGGGCACGCUCUCCAUCCCCAUCAAGCGGCCCCCCAUGACGCCGCGCAUGGCAAAGUGGACGGAACAAGGCACCGCCUCGGACCUCGCCGCCCCGCCCCCGCUAACCCUCGCCGAACGCAUCCUCCCCUCCGCGGCCGUCGUCUUGUUGCUGGUCGGCGCGCUGGCGGCGUUCGCGGCGGUGUAUACGCCGCCCCGCGACGCCGACCGCCUGUUCCCCGAGGUCGGCGCCUCGACGGCGACGGUGGGCGCGCUGAUUGCGCUCAACGUCGUCGUCUCGAUCGCGUGGCGCGUGCCGCCGCUGUGGCGGUUCCUGAACCGGUACUUUGUGCUCGUGCACGGCAUGCCGCGCGCCGUGACGAUGGUUACGGCGAAUUUCUCGCAUAGUUCCUUGGGGCAUUUGGCGACUAACAUGGUGGGGCUGUGGUUCAUGGGCACCGCGUUGCACGACGAGGUCGGGCGGGCGAAUUUCCUGGCGAUUUAUUUGGCUUCUGGCGCCGUUGGGUUCCUGGGUAGUUUGACGGCGUUUACGCUUCGGGGGUUGUUGACCGUCUCGACUGUGGGUGCGUCGGGCGCCGUGUUUGGUGUUGCGACGGCGUACUUUUGGAUGCAUCGGUUUGAUUCGUUCAAGGUGCUUGGGUUCCCGCCGGAUCCGAUGAAUGGGCCUCAGGGGCUGGGGUUCAUUGCGUUGAUCUUGGGGUUCCAUAUCUAUGCCUUCUUUAGGCGGGGCAAGCAGACGAUUGAUUUGACGUCGCAUUUGUUUGGUAUGUUGGCUGGGUUGGUUGGUAUCGAGUUCGUGACGGGACGCAAGGUGGAGGGGGCGAGGGUUGAUGGGUUGGAGAAGAAGAGGGGUGAUCUUGUCGCUGAUGCGCCGCCUCGCGAUGGGCAGAGUGAUGGCGGGAAUGAUGUCAAGGCUUGA